UGCUCGGAAUGGAGUAUAUUUUUAAGAAGGAGCGUCGCACAUUUGGAUCACGGGUGCAUUUCGAGGACAAGGAUGAGGUGGUAUUCAGCGAGAACUCCAAUCCCGAACUGGUCAAGAGCUAUAUACUUAAGAAUCCCGUGGACCGUUCCACACAAUAUGCUGGGCAGACAUCGCUGAGCGUUGCCAACACGGAGCGGGCUACAUAUAAGAGCACGGGAAUCACGCACAAUGAGGGCGGCUGGCCGAAGGACAUCAAUAUGCAUGACCCGGAGCAGACGGUGCGCUACAAGCGCAAAAUCGAAAAGGAUGACAAUUACAUAACGCAAGUGAUGAAUCUCACAAAGCCCAUGGAGCACUAUAUACACCAGAAUAACGCUGUCAACAUCUAUGAGAAUUACUUUGAGAAUAUGGAGCCGGCACCGCUGCCAGAAGCUUGCAAAUCGCGCACCGUAAACGUCUAUCGUGAUCCCAAUCCGAUAAAGGUGCCCGUUAAGCACCUGUCCUGGUCGCCGGACGGUGGCAUUAAAAUGGCAGUCAGCCAUUGUGAUAUGAAGUUUCAGGGCGACAAGACCGGACAGCGCUGCAAUUCGUACAUUUGGGAGGUGGAGAACCCAAACGAACCGUUUCUAACGCUGGAGCCGAAAGUGCCUUGUGUGUGUCUUGAGUACAAUCAAAAGGAUCCAACCAGCCUGGUCAGCGGCAUGUACAACGGCCAAGUGGCCGCCUGGGAUACGCGACACGGCAAGCAUCCGGUAAUGAUUAGCGAACGCGAAGUGUGCCAUCGCGAUCCAGUCAAUUCGGUGCUCUGGAACAACUCCAAGAGCGGCACCGAGUUCUUUUCAGGCGGCUCCGAUGGGCAGGUGCUCUGGUGGGAUACACGCAAACUCAGCGAACCUCUGGAUCGACUGCUUAUGGAUCCCGUUAAAGGUGAUGAGCAGGAUUUAUCGCGCUCCUACGGCAUCUCAGUACUGGAGUAUGAGACCACAAUACCGACUAGAUUCAUGGCUGGCACCGAGAUGGGCAUGCUCUUCUCAUGCAACCGCAAGGGCAAAACGCCCACGGAAAAGAUACAAAUCCGGAUGAUGUGCCACUUGGGACCUGUUUAUGCCAUCACACGCAAUCCAGCUUUUGUAAAGAACUUCCUUACCGUGGGCGAUUGGUGUGCGCGCAUCUGGUCUGAGGACUGUCGUGAGAGCUCAAUUAUUUGGACCAAGAGCAGCUCCUCCAUGUUGACAGACGGCGCCUGGAGUUACACCAAGGUCUCCCAGUUCUUUAUUACUCGCAUGGAUGGUGUGCUGGACACAUGGGAUCUGCUGCAGCAGCAGAAUGAGCCGGUCCUAACGGUAAAGGUCUGUGAUGAGCCGCUCUACUGCGUGCGGACCAACGAGAACGGAAAAUUCGUCAGCUGUGGCAGUAAAUUGGGUGCAACAUUUCUAAUAGAGGUUUCCGACAAUAUGGUCAUGUCGGCCAAGAAUGAUAAGCCGCUGCUAACUGCGAUGUUUGAGCGCGAAAAUCGACGCGAGAAAAUCUUGGAGGCCAAGUCAAGGGAGAGCAAACUGAAAAUAAAGGCCAAUCAUGGCCAGGAACAAGCCGAUCUAACUAUGCUGAAUGGCAAGAUUAAUAUGGCGCCAUUUGCCAGCGCCUGCGAACAAGCAGCCAGUGAAUACUUUGCCGCUGUGGAGCAGGAGCGUCUGCGCCGACUGCCCGGAGGCGGAGGCAAGCGUAGAGGAUGUGGAGGAGGUUGAUGUCUCAGAGGCGGAAAGCUCGAAAGCUUAAAUUUGAAAUUGUUAAUAACUACUUGUUGAGUUAAUAGUUAAUAAAGAAUA